AUGUGUGCCUCUGACUUCGUCAGUGCCCCGGACCCCGUUGCUCAGCACCGCAAGAUGUACGUGACACUCGUGUUCUGUGUGAAGGGCUCCCGCCUGGUCAAAUCCUUGCUCUGCCUGCCCCUGCUGUGCCCUGCCUUCCUGGUGGUCGUGGUCCGCGUGGCUGAGUACCGCAACCACUGUUCAGACAUUCUGGCUGGCUUCCUUACCGGAGCAGCCAUCGCCACCUUUCUGGUCACCUGUGUCGUGCACAACUUCCAGAGCCGGCUGCCUUCUGGCCGAAGGCUCUCCCCCUGGGAGGACUUGGGCCAAGCCCCCACCAUGGAGAGCCCCCUCGAGAAGUUAAGUGUGGCCCAGAGCCACAGAACUGCACCCGCCGUGGCCACCUGAUCCCCAGCUGCGUGUCCUCCAGGGCUCCAGCCAUGUGUUCGUCGCCCCGUGUGCCGCGCCCUCGGUUGAGGUCUGAGCCGACACCGCUGCCCCUGCCCCUGCCUCUGCGUGCACCAGCUCCCAGCCAGGGCCCCUCACCC